AUGGCGUCCCCACUGAAACAGGCGGAGUACAACGUGGGCACCUUGGAGGAGCGGCAGGCGAAGUAUGCGACGUGCAUCGCAGGGCUCCGCAAGGUGCUGAAGAACCCUGAGAAGCAACUGGUGGUGAGCGAGAAGAUGCUUGAUUUGUACAGCAAGGAUGAGUCGCACCACAUGCAUGUGCUUCCUGCCGCUGCGGUAAUCCCGAGCUCUGUGGAGGAGGUGGUGGCAGUAGUGAAAGUGUGCGCGGCGCACAAGGUGCCCAUGACGCCCCGCGGCGCUGGCACUGGUGUAGAGGGUGGCGCCAUCCCUUACGCUGGCGGCAUCGUCAUUGACACGGCGGGACUCACCAGCAUGAGCUUCGACACCGACAACGCGUGUGUAUGGGCUGGCGCCGGCGUGAGGAAGCUGGCGCUGAACCGCGCAGCGAGCGAGAGGGGCUUCCUGUUCGGGCCUGACCCCGCGUCGGACCCGUCCGUUGGCGGGAUGGUGUCGACGUCCGGGAGCGGGAUGUCAACGCUGCGCUACGGGACGACGCGCGAGAACGUGAUCGCGCUGCGCGUUGUGACGCCGCGCGGCGACGUUUUGCAGACGCGGCAGGUUGUGCGGAAGGCGUCCUCUGGGCUGGAGCUGACGCAGCUGUACAUGGGCAGUGAGGGCACGCUGGGGAUCUUGUGCGAGGUGUGCUUCCGGCUGUUCCCCGAGACGAAGUACUCCGCUGGCGGCUACGCCGCCUUCGAGUCUACAGGCGAUGCUGUGCGCUCCGUCGUCGCACUGCGGCAGCGCGGUGUGCCGCAGACGCUGCUGCGGUGCGAACUGAUGAACAAAGGGAUCGUUGAGGCGACGAACAGCUACUGCAAGACCGCGCUGCCCGAGAUGGCGAUUGUGCUGCUGGAGUUCACCGGCAACGACCAGGGGAUGAGUGACAUCAAGGGCGACUACGAGUGUGUGGAGAAGAUCUUCAAGGAGGUGGGCAAGGCAAAGGUGAUGCACUACUUACGGCCUGGUAAGGAGAUGGACGACGUGUGGGCCGCGCGCCGCUCAUGCUACUUCUCUGCCAUGCACAGCCGGGGCAAGGUGGAGAAAGUGUUUGGCACGGAUGUAUGCGUGCCCAUUUCGAAGCUGACGGAGAUCAUCGAGUACACGGAGGAUGAGUUUGCAAAGGCGAACAAGAAGUGCUUGAUUUGCGCACACAUCAGCGACGGCAACUUUCACUUGAUCAUCCCCUUCGCAAACAAGCAGGAGAUAGCGGAGCUGCGGGUGCUGGAGACGAAGAUGAUUAAGCGUGCCAUCGAGCUCGGCGGCACAACUUCUGGUGAGCACGGGAUCGGUGUGGGCAAGGUGCACCUCGUCGUAGGUGAGCACGGCCAGUCGCACAUCGAUGUACAGGAAGCGAUCAAGGCUGCGUUGGACAAGGACAACCUGAUGAACCCCGGCGUAUUCUACCCGUUCCAGCAGCGCCUGUACCCGACGGCACACCUGUAA